UGUUGCAGAAGCAGCAGCUUCAGACUGAGAGGCUCAGUGGUUUCUGUGUAAACAAACGGGGAGAAGAUUCUCGAACAAACAAAGAUUGAAGGCACAGAUACAUAAAGAGAGAGGAGGCGGUCAGCUCCUCUGAGGGAGGAAUAAACGAUAGGAGUGGCUGAGAUAAGGCUUGAGGAAGGACACACACGCACGCGCACGCACGCGCACACACACCAGAGGAGGUGGAGGUUGAGGAGGAGGAACUAGAAAUCUGCGCUCGGUCAGUUCAGUUAACAUCACUUCCCCACCGCCUGCAAAAGCAAACAGGCUCCUGAAGCCGCUGAGGAAGAGAAGUGAGUGAGAUCGAUGUGAGGAGAAAGCUGUCAGCUGUCAGCACCUGGACACUCCGCUUCCUUGUGCUUCUCCUUCUCCUCCUGCCGCUGCCUUCGCUCCUCUUCACCUCCCUUUUCUUCAGCUUACAGCAACGACUCUUGUUGUUACUGAGUUUGUAGCGCGGACCUCCGGAGUCUCCGUUUACUCUGGCAUGGAGACGCCACUGCACUGAUUGUGAGUCGGAUUUCUGCUUCCAGACCGAAGUUCCCUAAGAAUUAUGGAGAAUUGACAGCUCGAGGGGAACCUGACGAACCAAAGUGCGUGAAGAUAAAGAGGACAAAGCUCUCCCUGCAGAGGCAGCCUUGUCUCCUUCCCAACAGUUUGAAGAAUCAUUUCUCCUUUGGGCUCAAAGAAAAGUAAAAGUGUCAUGGCUACGUAUGGACAGACACAGUACAGCCCCACUCUUCAGCCUGCGGGACCGUACGCAACCUACGCUCACCACACACAAGGUUACAGCAUGCCUUCUUACAACAUCAAAACAGAGGAAGGUCUUAGUCACUCCCCAGGACAGACUGGACUGUUGGGCUACUCCAACUUCAGCAGCACACCCCCCAGUCAGAGCCUGUACGGCUACUCACAUACACACGGCGGUGGUAUUUCUUCUGGAAUUUUUCAAGGCACCCAUGCGAUCUCAAGCACGACCCCAUUCAACCCCACCCAACAAGAGUUUUCUGCUUACUCCAGCUACAGUCAGAGUCAGUACUCCCCGUAUUAUAACUCACAUCCCUACAACAGCCCUUACCUAACCAGCAGCAACAUCAGCCCAGCCGCCAUCACAGCUCCAAUAGCCUAUCAGCAUCCAGAGCACGCCGUCAUGCUCCCCAAUCACAGCCCGGACUCACAUAUAGGAGAAUACCAUCCUCCACCCAGCCCCCCAACACCAGGUAAAGAAGAGGGGGUUGCAGCAAGGAGAGGAUCAGAUGGGAAGUUGAGGGGGAGGAAAAGAGUCAGUGACCCCGCUCCACCCCUGGACUCUGACAUAGAGCGAGUGUUUAUCUGGGACCUGGAUGAAACCAUUAUCAUUUUCCAUUCACUCCUCACGGGAACCUUCUCCUCACGAUUUGGCAAGGACUCUUCAAAGGCAUUAUCCCUGGGUUUAUGGAUGGAGGAGAUGAUAUUCAACCUGGCUGACUCAAGACUUUUCUUCAAUGACCUGGAGGAAUGUGACCAGGUUCAUGUCGAUGACGUUGCCUCAGAUGACAACGGACAGGACCUGAGCACUUACAACUUUGGGUCGGACGGCUUCCAGAGCCCAGCAGGGGCUGGCUCUCUGUGUCUAGGGUCAGGGGUCCAUGGAGGGGUGGACUGGAUGAGAAAACUGGCAUUCAGAUACCGCAGAGUCAAGGAGAUUUACAACAUGUACAAGAAUAAUGUCGGCGGACUACUGGGCAGCCCCAAGAGGGAGGAGUGGUUACAGCUGAGGAGGGAGAUGGAGGUCCUGACCGACCUGUGGCUCACCCAAGCUCUCAAAGCACUGGCUCUCAUCAACUCAAGGCCAAACUGUGUGAACGUGUUGGUGACCACCACCCAGCUCGUCCCAGCUCUCUCCAAGGUUCUACUGUAUGGUCUGGGCUCAGCCUUUCCAAUAGAGAACAUAUACAGCGCAACCAAGACAGGCAAAGAGAGCUGUUUUGAGCGCAUCUCCCAGAGAUUCGGUCGGAGAGCAGUGUACGUGGUAAUAGGAGAUGGUGCAGAAGAAGAGAGCGUGGCCAAGAAGAAGAACAUGCCUUUCUGGAGGGUGACCUGUCGCGCUGACCUGGAAGCCCUGAGCCAUGCACUGGAGCUGGACUACCUCUAGAUUCUACAGUCUCUCAGCUUAACCAGGAAACUCCCUAACACAAGACUGCACCACAUGGUUGGACGUGCUUCCAGAUACUGUACAAGAGUCAGUAUUGCCGUCUUUGCUUGAGUGAGAACUCCAGACGGACGUUGACACAGCAGAGCUACAGGAGCUGAAAGGAGCUGAAAGCUGCAGGCUGCAGUGACUCUCUGAGGCAUAACCACCAGGCCAUAAGUUAUGGACCAAAAUUAAGAAAAGACCAAAGUAAAAAUAAAAUGAGGGACCAAAGCUCACCAAACAAUCAGCACAAAAUAUGUUCAAGGUCCAGUGUGUAACUUGAAAGGGUGUACUGUCAGAAACUGUAACAUUUCAAAUGUAUGUUAAUUACACACAUAAAAAUUUGCUGUAUUCAAAAAGUGUGACACAUCAACCAACCAAUGACAAGUCUGUAGUCGGAAAGGAGGGGUAAGCAGCGGAGUUCUGCGUCAGUUGCAACCUGCUGUCUCUCCAGUAGAUGUCCCCGUGCGUUACACACUGGACCUUUAAAUCACAUCAUCUCAAUUCUGCAGUAACCGUAACAUGCACAACUUCUGUUGCACUGAAAAAACAAAAACAAAUCUUAAAACCGUUUUUUUGUUUGUUUGUUCUACUGCUCUUUUUUAUUUUUGUUGUGAAGCUCAUCUUUCAUUCUUCACAGUUUCUUGCAAUUUUUUAACAAAUGGCCUUUACUGAACCUUUCAAAACAGCAUUUCGUUUUACGGCUACAUAAUUCUCAAAAGUAACCCCCUCCUCUUAGUUAGAGGCGACAUUUUAUCAUUUAAAUGUGAUCUAUUUAUUAAUGGUUCAGUUUUACAACAUAAUUAGGUAUAGUGUGUAGUUUGGGACAUCUAUAUGUAAACAUACAAAAGCCUUCCUUAAAGAUCAGACUUUGUUCUUGUAAAAAUGUUUGAAGAUGCUGUAUUAUAGACUAGUGCUUACAGUAAGUUCCUGUGUUUGUUUCUGGGUUGUACAUGUUCAUGUGACUUGACUCUUUUUUUCCUAUCCUGGUUUAGUUUUCUGCUAUAAAAUCCCUAUGAAUAACCUUUUUGUAAUAUAGAUGUAUUGGUAUGGCUGUGCAUGUGACGAUAACACUGUCUCUCAGCUUUGCUCUGAUUUGUAUAUAAAGCACUAAUGUUGAUUUGUUUUGCAAAUGAAAAUAGAUUAAUACAAAUAAAUUAAUUACAUUGUGGGGAAA